AUGGGCAAAUUUACUUUCAAGAAGGGUGACAAUGAGGACGACUCAAGCCGUCUCGCUCUGUUUGGCUCCCGAUCGAAAUCCAAAUCCCCCGCCCCUUCCUCGAAUCCCUACGCACAGCCUGCUAUUCCUCCGGAUCCCUACACCAAGGCAAAAAUGAGCGCCGGGAUCGCACCUUCACAGGGCCAAGGGCAGCCUGCGGCUUUCGAUCAAAAACCAGGAUUUCGUCCCGGCCCUGGUCCUCAGGGUAGCUUCAGUGGUUUGCCGGGCCCCGGACAACAGAGGCCGUUUUAUGGUAAAGAUAGUUCAUACAAUGGAGGACCGCCAACUCAGCCCGCAGGGGGCAACUCCAGCGGUGGUGGAUACGGUGCCGAGAAGUUCGGAAACCAGAAUGGAUAUGGCGCGGGAGGCAAUGGUGGUAAUCCCUACGCCGGCAUUCAACAGACAAUCGGCACGUCACGACAAGGCGGCUACGGCGGACUUGGGCCUUCUACCACAUUUGAUAACGAUCCCGCCCGGGAUGAGCUAUUCGGCGGAGUAAGACAACGUCUGGAACAGAAACAACAACAGGUCCAGGCAGCCGGGCCUCCGGACUAUCAAUACGACUCGACUAAUAACGCCGAGGAACGAAGCUACGGGGCAUAUGGCGACCGGCAACUUACCGCCGAAGAGGAGGAGGAGGAGGACAUCCAAGCGACCAAGCAGGAGAUCCGCUUUAUGAAGCAGCAGGAUGUGGCUUCGACAAGAAAUGCUCUUCGUGUCGCUGCCCAGGCUGAAGAGAUGGGCCGAAACACUCUCGCCCGGCUUGGGGCGCAGGGCGAGAGGAUGCACAAUACUGACAAGAACCUUGACAUUGGAAACAACCAUAUCAACAUGGCCGAGGAUAAAGCGAAAGAACUGAAGACCCUGAACAGAAGUAUGUUUGCCCCCCAUGUCAACAACCCUUUCACUGCCAAAGAUAGGCGUGCUCGUCGCGAUGAGCAGAUCAUGGAUCGUCAUCACGCAGAACGGGAAGCCCGAGAGUCUACUCGGGAAGCGGCGUUCAGGAGCACUCAACGAAUGAACCAGAACUUCAAAGGAUUGGAUGACGCCUCCGUGGGACCCAGGGCCAAAGGGAGUCUUGCCGAGCGCGCCAAAUAUCAAUUCGAGGCAGAUAGUGAAGACGAUGCGAUGGAAGACGAGAUCGACCGCAAUAUCGACGAUCUUUCAGGGGCCGCCAAGCGGUUGAAUUUGUUGGCUCGCGCCACAGGCGAGGAGGUUGAAGAACAGAAUCAACUGAUACAGAAUAUUGCUGAAAAGAGCGACCGGUUCGACGAUCGACUACAUUUCCAAACCGAAAGGCUCAAGAGGAUACGCUAA